CAAAUUAAAAUCCAGUGUAAAAGCCCUUUGUGCAAUUUGGAGAAGACGAGAGAGAGAUGAGAGGGAUGAACCAGAUGCUACGUCGUUUAGUAAGCCGUAGUGCCACGUGCGUAGCUGCUCGAUCGUCUUCCAUCACCGAGAACGUCAUACUCUCCUCCGCCGCCGCCUCCUACUCCACUCUAAUUCUCUCCGACGAAAGGACUUCUCCAUUUUUCUUUUCCUCAAUUACCCCUGCCCUCGCUACUGGUUUUCACCCUGCUCUCCUCAAUUACUCACGGAACUUCUCCUCUCCACCAUCCUCAGAUUCGUCAAAGGUGGUUUCGGUUGAGUCUGAAGAGCAGUUCAACGACUUACUUCGCAAGGUCCAAGAUGAAUCUUUGCCUGCCGUAUUCUACUUCACAGCAGUUUGGUGUGGUCCCUGUAGAUUGUUGUCUCCCAUAAUUGGGCAGCUUAGUGAGCAAUAUCCCAACGUCACCACAUAUAAAAUUGAUAUUGAUAAGGAAGGGCUAGGAAAUGCAUUGAGCAAGCUAGAUAUUCGCUCUGUGCCUACAUUGCACUUUUUUCAAAAUGGUAAAAAGGCGUCUGAAGUCGUUGGUGCAGAUGUUGAACUCGUGAAGGACACUAUGGAAACACUAUAUAAGUGAUAUAUAUGUAUUGUGCUUUACCCUUUGCUGGGUAUUUAUUUCCAAGGUUCAAUAACUUCCAAGUUUGGCCUUCGAUUCCAUUUGCUCAGCCUUCAGAAUCAUUUUAAUAUCUGCAAGUAUAAUAGUUUUGUUGUUUUAAUUACCGGUAUCAAACAACUAGAUACUAGCUUUAUUGUGCUAUAUCUUUCGUUGCAGUUUCACCUUUUGUUGUGGUGUUAUUUUUUCUUUCACAUUUUUUACCAUUUAAAAUUCAUCUUUCUUUUU